UAGAGCGCAUGAAACCAGAGAAAAUUAGGUUGCUCUUGAACAUUGAAUAUACAGCAAGUGUUGAGGUGUAUCUUGCAACCCCCGGUUAGGCAUUGUUGAUUUAAUUAAACUGGAAAAACUUCGCUAGUUUGCUGAAUCACCUUAAGUGAGAUGACAGAACGUUGUUUUCCCUACCUAUGAACAACCUAAUAAGUUACACUCCUGGUUAUCAAGUUAGCUAUGUCAAGCCUUCCUCCGCUUGAAAUGGACCCUACAGAGAAAAGGAAUUCAUGCUGUGCCUUCAGAACUGAGCCAUUGGCCACUGGACCAGAAAUCGCGGGUCAGCCAUACAGUGUCUCUAUACUAAAAGAAGGUUACUGCCUGGCCCAGCCGGAUGGUUCGACACGGGCAGACGGCACUAUCUCGCUGCUGCAGGGACCAAAGACAAUUCUGGUGGACACUGGGGGUCCGUGGGAUCGAGACUUUCUUCUGGGUCGGUUGCGGGAGAAAGGGCUUGAACCAGAUGACAUCAGCAUAGUGGUGGGCACCCACGGGCACUCAGAUCAUGUUGGGAAUCUGGGGCUCUUUCCUGGAGCGAUGUUGGUCGUGGGGUGCGACGUGAGCCAGGGGGACCGAUACCUUCCCAACCAGCUUGCUGAGGGACGACCAUACCCCAUUGAUGACCAUGUGUCAAUAAUUCCCACUCCAGGCCACACAGGACGAGACGUAAGCGUGUUGGUAAAAGGAACCCCAGUGGGCACGAUGCUGGUGGCAGGGGACCUGUUUGAGCGCUGCGCUGAUGAAGACACCUGGCGGGAGCUCAGUGAGAACCCGGUGGUGCAGGAGGUCAGCCGGCAAGAAGCGCUGCGGAUCGCUGAUGUCAUCAUCCCGGGACACGGAGCGCCGUUCAGGGUGUGCAGGGAUCUGGGGGUCUGAGAACUGACAGAAGGCACUGAACCAGGGGCUACAGUGAAGGAGCAGGUAGACAGGCUGUGGGCUCACUUCCUGUUUCUGAAUGAGCUCAACCUCAGUCACUCACAUCAGUCUGAUACCAUUAGCCCUUUUCAUACUGUGUGUGAAAUCCAAUAUGCUGGCAAUUUGCCCCUGUCAAAAAGCUGGCUUUACCCUCCCUCUGCUCACUCUCUGCAGUGUCCCAUUCACAUUAUACUUGGCAAAGCCACAUUUGUGAGAAGCGAACACAACGCCGUGGAAACAAGGAAAA